GACACCCAACAAGUCUCACAUCUCCCAUCUUCCCUCAAGACCCAAUUGAGUUAAUUAAUUUCCAUUUAUAAUAUGGCUUCUCCCAUUCAGCCAUUGGUACAGCUGAUUCUCGUGGCAACUUUAGCGGCAGUUUCCACCGUAGCGGCAGCCAACUUCAACCAAGAUGUCCAAAUGUAUUUCGGGAAUGGUCGUGGUAAACUCAUGGACGGCGGCAACACGGUGGCUCUCACCCUCGACAAAGAAUCCGGCUCUGGCUUUCAGUCCACCAAGGAAUACCUCUUCGGCCGGUUCGAUAUGCAGCUCAAGCUUAUCUCCGACAACUCUGCCGGAACAGUCACCACUUUCUACUUAUCUUCACUAGGAGACAAACAUGACGAAAUUGAUUUCGAAUUUCUUGGAAAUGUCUCCGGCGAGCCGUACACCGUCCACACCAAUGUGUACGCCGAGGGGAAAGGAGGCAAAGAGCAGCAGUUCCGCCUCUGGUUCGACCCCACGGCGGCGUUCCACACUUACUCCGUCGUCUGGAACUCCCAAAGAAUCAUCUUUCUGGUGGACAACAUUCCCAUCAGAGUCCACCGCAACCGUGAAAGCAUGGGGGUCCCAUUCCCUAAGAGCCAGCCCAUGAGGGUCUACUGCAGCUUAUGGAAUGCUGACGAUUGGGCCACGCAGGGGGGCCUGGUCAAGACUGACUGGGCUAAGGCGCCUUUCUCGGUGUACUACCGGAACUUCCGGGUCAACGCUUGCUCCGUCUCCGGUGGCCGGACGUUGUGCGACUCCACGGCGUCGACGGAUGUGAUCAACGGCGACCAGGCGUGGCAGACGCAGGACAUUAAUGCUCGGGAGAGGAAUAGGCUGAGAUGGGUGCAGAGCAAGCAUAUGAUUUACAAUUAUUGUACUGAUUCCAAGAGGUUUCCUUCUGGGUUUCCGGCAGAGUGCAAGAGUUCAAGAUUCUUAUAAAUUAUACUGUAAUAUGCUUCAACAAAGACACAAUUUAUGUGUAAUAAACAGCAAUGGUAUUCUUUUAUUUUUGGGGAUUAUACAUGAAUACAUGAUUGGAUAAUGAGUAAAUUACACCGUAAAACCGGCUGUACUGUGGUCACGGUACAGCCGGCCUUUUUACCCAUCUGCGCCUCUUGCCCUAGCGAUAGCUUCGCCGUCUUCGCCCCCUCGUUCUGGGGUUCUCGCCAACACUUCGCCCCUGUUUCUUCAAUCUCGCUUGCCCUAGCGGCAGACUUCUCCUUUCGCCGCUUCUUCUCCUCAAUCUCUCCUGCUGCGCAAGAUACGGUACGGUGGCUCUUGGGGGUUUGUUGGCCGGUGCUGCGAGAAGAAGAAUAUGGAGACGACAGAUUGAAGGAUGAUUUAGGAUACCAGGUUCAUACUACUUGGCUGAUGAAUCUGGAAUAAGUUUAUACGGAGUAUUAAACUCAAAUGAGUAUAAACUUAAAAGGAAUGAACAUACACAAAUGAAUAUUGAGCUUAUUAAAGUUGAUGAAUAUUGGGCGUAUUAAAAAUGAGUUUUAUUUUAAACUCAAAUGAGUAUAAAACCGAAAAUGAAUGAGCAUAUAAAAAAAUGAGUAUUGUGUUAAACUCAAAUGAGUAUAAAACUGAAAAUGAAUGAGCAUAUACAAAUGAGCUUUUGAAUUUUUUGAUACUCAUUUUGCAAGUAAUGUAUGCUCAUUUGGUACCUCUUUAUGCUCAUUUAAAAAUGUUGCAUAUUUCAAACGAAUCAUACUACAUUAUGUUAACCUCAAAUGAGUAUAAAGGCCAAAAUGAAUGAGCAUAUACAAAUGAACUUUUGAAU